CUCGACUUACACGCAGAAUCCCUACCGCUCCAAUGCGUCACGGCCCAGCGGCGACCCUCCUCCUCGCCCUUGGGGCUGUUGUUUCUACCGUCACAGCCGACAACAAUAACCAGCCAGUCCCCAAAUCGGGCUUCCAACAAUCAUGGGCCUCACCCGCCAAAGAGACCGUCACCUCGGGCCAUGAGGUCGAGCAGCAGGUUGCCUUGGGAUGGUCUCCUAAGCCGACGCAGCCACCCAAGCCGUUGCUGGGCAGGAUGAUGAUGCCGCGAGCGGAUGGUUAUACGCUGGGGCCAGAAACGUGUGGAUUUGUGCCUGGGAAUGAUGGCAACUCUUUUACUUGUGUCUCGUCUGGAUAUACUUGCACGCCCCAGGGAGGCUUCGUUGGAUGUUGUCAGCCAAACAGCUCCUGUAGCCAGAUCAAGACGACGUGCAUCGACUACCAAGCCUCGGCAACCGGUGCCUGCAACCUCCCGUCCGACUUUCACACACUCUGCUGCGCCACUUCAACUCUCCCGGCUUGUUAUACUUGGGUCAUUUCCACGUCUGCCUCAACCGACAAGUCCGUUGAACUAUACACCAUCCUCGGAUGCUCCUUGCAGCCCGGCAGAGGAACUCUCCUGACUGUCGAUCCGGGCUGGCUGGCAACGCACAGCUUCGGUUCCACGACGACGACGACGACAGCCACAACCACAUCGACCGAGCCCUCGAGUACUUCGCCGACAUCGACGCCCGAUUCAGGCGGCGGGAAAAGCAGCACUCCCGUGGGCGCCAUUGCGGGAGGCACAGUUGGAGGCGUUGCAGCCCUUGGCCUCGUUGGCCUGACCGCUUUCCUCUUCUACCGCCACCGCAAUGGUCGUAACAACGCUCCUCCUGCUGGUCAUCCUCCUCAAGGACAGAAUGAUGCUGCUGCUGGUGGAGCUGUUUACCCUUCGGGUGUGCCGGUUGGAUACCAGGCCGGUUAUGCACCGGUGCCAAUGCAACAGGGCUAUUAUCCACAGCAGUUUCAGGGACAGUAUCCUCCCCAGCAGCAGUACAAUUACAAUUACCCGGUGCAAACGGCGAGCACGUCUCCGGUGCACACGACUCCCUCUCCGGGUGUUUUCAAGGAAGGCGAGACGUCUGCCAGCGAGCUGCCCACGACAAGCCCCCUUGGAGCAGAGACGAACAGAGCCGAGCUGGGUGGUGGUAAUUAGAUGAGAUGUAUAAAUGAUUCAUGGGACCAUGAUAUGCCGGAUAUAAGGGCGGCUUCUUUUUUCUUUUUUCUUUUUUCUUUUCUUUUCUUAUUUCUUUGGUAUGAGGAGGAACUGCAAAGCCAAAGUC